AUGCCUCGCAAGGCAAUUGACUCGCGGAUUCCUGCUCUCAUCCGAAAUGGUGUCCAGGAGAAGAAGCGCAGCUUCUUCGUGGUCGUUGGUGACCAUGCCAAGGAUGUGAUCGUUCACCUUCACUACAUCAUGUCCAGCGUGGAUGUGAAGCAGAACAAGUCAGUCCUGUGGGCCUACAAGAAGGACCUGCUCAAUUUCUCGAGUCACCGCAAGAAGCGCGAAGCGAAGAUCAAGAAGGAGGUCAAGCGUGGCAUUCGCGAACCCAACCAGGAAGAUCCGUUCGAGCUUUUCAUCACCCUCAACCAAAUCCGCUAUGUCUACUACAAGGAAACCGAGAAGAUUUUGGGUAACACCUACGGAAUGUGUGUGCUGCAGGAUUUCGAGGCUAUGACCCCCAACCUGCUCGCUCGCACCGUUGAGACUGUCGAGGGUGGUGGUAUGGUCAUUCUGCUGCUUAAGAGCAUGACCAGUUUGAAGCAACUCUACACUAUGUCCAUGGACAUUCACUCCAGAUACCGAACCGAAGCCCACGACGACGUUGUCGCUCGUUUCAACGAGCGUUUCAUCCUGUCUCUGGGAAGCUGCGAUUCCUGUCUCGUGGUCGACGACGAAUUGAACGUGCUGCCCAUCUCCGGCGGCAAGACCGUCAAGCCUCUCCCCGCCCCCGAAUCCACCGAUGAUACCGUCACUGGAACCAAGAAGGAGUUGAAGGAAAUCAAGGAGAGCUUGGCCGACGCGCAGCCCGUUGGCCCACUUCUCAACUUGGCCCGCACCACCGAUCAGGCCAAGGCCCUCCUCACAUUCGUUGAUGCGAUCGCCGAGAAGACCCUCAAGAGUACUGUUGCCUUGACUGCUGGUCGUGGACGUGGAAAGUCCGCUGCUCUUGGUGUCGCUAUUGCUGCAGCCAUUGCACACGGAUACAGCAACAUCUUCAUUACUUCUCCCAGCCCGGAGAACUUGAAGACUCUAUUUGAGUUCAUUUUCAAGGGUUUCGAUGCUCUUGGAUACCUUGACCACAUUGAUUACACUAUUCUCCAAUCAACCAACCCCGAUUUCAACAAGGCAGUUGUCCGCGUCAACAUCCAUCGCAACCACCGUCAAACUAUUCAGUACAUCCAGCCCCAAGAUGCACACGUCCUUGGCCAGGCUGAGCUUCUGGUCAUUGAUGAAGCUGCCGCCAUUCCCUUGCCUUUGGUGCGCAAACUCAUGGGACCUUACCUGGUCUUCAUGUCCUCCACUAUCAAUGGAUACGAAGGCACGGGCCGGUCCCUGUCUUUGAAGCUGAUCCAGCAGCUCCGUGAACAGUCUCGAAGUGGAGUUCAGGCAGCUGACACCGACGUUGCUGACCGCAGCACCGGCAAAUCAGCCAAGUCUGCCGACAAGAACCUCACCGGCCGAAGCUUGCGGGAGAUCACCCUCGCAGAGCCCAUUCGUUAUGCGCCCGGUGACUCGGUCGAGAAGUGGUUGAACAAGGUCCUCUGCCUUGACGCUACCCUUCCUAAGUCGCGCAUGAACACACAAGGCUGUCCCCACCCCUCUCAGUGCCAGCUGCUUCAGGUCAACCGUGACACUCUGUUCUCUUUCCACCCCGUUUCAGAGAAGUUCUUGCAGCAGAUGAUGGCGCUGUACGUUGCCAGUCACUACAAGAACACUCCCAACGACUUGCAGCUUAUGAGUGAUGCCCCCGCUCACCAACUCUAUGUCCUUGUUCCUCCUAUCGACGAGGAAGCUACCAAGUUGCCCGAGCCCCUUUGUGUGAUUCAAGUCGCCCUCGAGGGUCGCAUCAGUCGUCAAAGUGUGCUCAACAGCCUGAGCCGUGGCCAGCGCGCCGGAGGUGAUCUCAUCCCCUGGUUGGUCAGCCAGCAAUUCCAGGACGAGAACUUCGCCAGUCUCUCUGGUGCUCGUGUGGUCCGCAUCGCUACCAACCCCGAAUACAUGGGUAUGGGAUACGAGAACAGCAUUGCUCCCGAGGAAGAAAUGGUUCGAGUUACAGAUGAGGAGCUCGCUAGCUCUAGCCUUCUGGAAGAUAACGUGCAAGUUCGGGACAUUCGCAGCAUGCCUCCCUUGUUUGGCAAGCUGACCGAGCGUCGUCCUGAUGCGCUGGACUACAUCGGUGUCAGCUACGGUCUAACAUCAUCCCUUCACAAGUUCUGGAAGCGCGGCUCUUUCCACCCCGUUUACCUGCGCCAGACCCCCAACGAACUCACCGGAGAGCACUCUUGCGUCAUGGUCCGCACUCUGUCCACCGCUGAAACCGACGAUGCUUGGCUGAGCGCCUACACGCGCGAUUUCCACAAGCGUUUCCUCUCCCUUCUGUCCUACCAAUUCGGCCAGUUCCCAUCUGUUCUAUCACUGAGCAUUUGUGAGUCCGCCAACUCCGGUGCCAAGAAGGACCCGAAGUUCAAGUCCCGCCUGCUGAAGAAGGCCGAUCUGGAUGACCAGUUCUCGCCCUUCGAUCUCAAGCGUCUUGAUAGCUACGCCAACAACCUUUUGGAUUACCACGUCAUUCUCGACAUGGUCCCCAUCCUUUCUGAAUACUACUUCAGCAACCGUCUGGAUGGCAAGGUCAGCCUCUCUGGCGUUCAGCAAUCCAUCCUGCUCGCCAUCGGUUUGCAGCACAAGAACCUCGAUGAUCUCGAGAAGGAACUGAACCUCCCCCCAUCUCAACUCCUCGCCAUGUUCCUUAAGAUCAUCCGCAAGAUCUCCACUCACUUCCGCGCCCUGGUCGAGAAGAGUAUCGAGGAUACCCUCCCCGCUAAGAAGCAGGCUCUCGUGACCUCCGCCGCUCACGACGAUGAGCCCGAAGCCAAGCUCCAACCGUUGUCCGUCAGCUUGGAAGACGAACUCCGUGAAGGAAGCAAGAAGAUCGACGAGGAGAUGCGCGCCAAGCAGCGAGCCAUGGCCGAGUCGAACACUGAUGAGAAAGAUGGCUCAAAGGCAUCCAAGCGCAAGAAGGUUGAGACCGCGCGUGAUAUCUACGAUAAGGAGAUCGACUCAAAGAGACAGAAGAUCAUCAAGAAGGGCACCGAGGGCCGCAAAAAGCGUUGA